AUGAUACGUCCUUGUUUUAUUCUUUGUCUUGUGGCAUUUAUCAAUAUCCCUAAAAAUACUUAUUCGUUUUUUACACUACCAUUACUUGAAAUUAUUGAACCAUCCGGAAAUCUUGUCUGCUAUUUAAAUUCCAUGGAAAGUUCAAAUAAUGAUUUUCAACUAUGUGCGAUACGUGUUUAUAUUCCUGCAAAUGAUUCAAUCGUAUCGAAUGAUGUUAUUAUUCAAAAUGGUAUGUGGUUUACCAAUAUAUUUCGUCGAUUCAUCAUCACACGAAAUUGUUCAGGUUUUACAGAGAGUUCAGAUAUAGGUAUGAGUAUAUGCAAUCCAAUGUCAUAUGAAAAUGCUCGUAAAAUGAUAUUAUGUAUUUGUGCGACAAAUAAUUGUAAUCAAAACUUAGAGACAUGUCAAUUCUCUAAUAUAGAAUAUUCAAAUCCUAUAUCAUUACAAAGAUCCUUGCCUAUAUUAACAGUACCUCUUGAAUGUAAUCAAACAUCAGAAAUAUCAGAAGCAUGUUUUGAGAAUGCAUUAAUUAAUACGAGAAAUUGUGAUAUUUAUAUGAAAAAUCAUAGUGUUCUAUGUGGUAUUGGUGUUGAUCAUCAUGUAAUAAUGCAAAAAUUAUUUAUUGAAGAAAAUUAUGAAAUAUAUUUUGAUCAACAUCUAUAUGCAUUAAAACCAAUAAUACAUGCAAAUCCUACAAAUCGACAGAAAGAAACAGAUACUUACAUUUAUUAUAUGUUCUACAAUGUGACCGAUGUUACGAUUGAACAAUGUGCUUGUAUACAAAGCCCUUAUUGUAAUAAUAACAUUAGUAUGUGUGCACCAUACAGUAUACAAACAGAAGUAUGGACUUCAAUGGAAUCUUCAUCAAUUUCUUCUACUUUUAUUCCAUCUGAACAUACAAGUGAUACAUCAAUCAUUACUAUAACAACAGAAUCUACAAUAGAUUAUACUACAGAACCAUUGACAACAAUGAAUACUAUAGCAGAUAUUUUAAUAGAAACUACUACACCAAUAGAUUCUAUAUCGACGAUGAUAAAUUCAGAAACUGAUAUAACAACAGAUUCUAUCAUUUUACAAGAAUUUACAUUAACUGAAACUGUAAUUAAUAAGACUUAUUCCUCUCGAGAAAAUCCAACAAUUGAAAUAUCAAGUUUAAACAAUAAUAUAAUUAUUGGUAUUGUUAUUGGUGUUCCAUUUGUUCUUUUUAUAUGUCUUGGAUUGAUAUAUUGUCGAUGUGAUCGUACGAGAUCGAAAUCAUGCCAUUGUCCUUGUAGUGAUCGAUCAAAUGAUUAUCAAAUAUAA